UGCCUGAAUGUGUCCCGGCAACAGCGAAGUGGCACCCCUCACCUGUCAAUUAACGUCUGUGCUAAAUCAAGAGUUGAAACUUUGCUGCUUACAAGGGGCUUUAAAAAGAAAUAAACUUCUGAACGGAAAAGUUGAAAUAGCAGAUAUAUACGCAAGCAUGAGAACUUUACAGAUCUUCUUCAGUGUGUCUGAAAUCAACAGGCACGGACACUUAUGAGAAGCAUGAACAUCUGCAGCUCAGGUUUAAACAGGUAAUCCACUAAAAUAAUUCUGCUCGAAAUGUUGCUUUUGUGCUUAGAUUAAAUUUCAGAUGCAUUUGGCAGAAAUAGCGCCGUUUUAUUUUUUGCGCUUUUUGUCUUUUCUGACUUUGUUCUUUAAUGUCAUGCAGUAACACACUGACAUAGUGAUUGAUGUAUGUUGUCAUGAUACAGAGUCCCUCCCCUCCAAAUCCAAUCACAUGUGGUCACAGGAGAUGCAUUUAAACAACCAAGUAUAAACAGCAAUGUGUCUCACAUGACCACAUGUGAUCGGAUCACCCGGGAUGCAUCUUAAUACCAGGUGUAAACGGGGUCUUUUGGGCAUUUUGUAGCUGGCAAGUAUUUAGGAACAGAAAGUACUCAAGUUCACAUCACUGAUUAGCACAAUUCGGAGUUUGUAUUUUCCCACUACAAUACAUUUUUUACUUUACUGACGGUUAGGUUUAGGGUUGAGGUUUGGGAUAGAGCAUAUAGUUCAUAACAUGACUUCCUGUUGACUGUGUUAUAUAUUUUACAACUAAAAACAUCCCUGUACAUAUCCCUUCGCCACCAAUCUGCAGAUAUUUCCCCCAAAACUGCAGCUCACACGUGCCCAUACAUUCAACAACACUUCCAGCUUCGGCCAGUGUGGGCAGUGUUUAGAAUUUCAGUAAACAUAUACCAAUUUCAGCUUAAGAGCAUACUAUCAUACUAUUUCUGCCAUAGACACACAUGACUGUAGUAGUAAGAGUAAAAUGGGAAGUACGCCAUUCUGAACUCAGCCACUGUCACCAAAUUCAGUCACUGCGUCCAAAUAUCCGUACUUCCCUACUAUAAAGGAUGUCAAAAACAGUAUUCCAUUGGAGUAGUAUGUCCGAAUCGCCUGUAUUUAUAAAACAGUAGGCAAGAAAUACCUGGGUGACCUAUUUCUGGUGAGAUUUUGAAGUGCAGAUCGACCGGACACUUUACAGUUCCAUAAUUCCUUGGCAGCUGAGGCAACGUCACAUUCAAAAUGUUGGAUUUAAAAAAAAAUGUGAGUCAGACAGCUCUUCUCAACUGGCUCAACAGUACAGAUGACCAUCCUCCUAAAAGUGUGGCAAACCAUGCGGAUCACUCGGACAAACAGAUUGAGCCCUACAUGCUAAGACUGUCCCGGGGCUGCUCUGGUGUUGUAAGGGCUCUUCACCAGAACACUACAGUGGAUGUGACCCUCAACCUGCUGGAUUCUCAGGAAAAGAAAGAGCUUGCCAUCCAAAUCUGUAAAAAUCUGGGUUGUGGCCAAGUUUUUGAGCAUGGUGUUUCUGCAACAAUACGCAAUGACGUUUGUCUUGCAGGCUGCAUCCUGAGAGAAUCAAAACUGCACAACUGCACUACAGCCGCAGAACGUGACUGCAUAAAUGCAACUAAAAUAAUUUGUGAGCACCAAGCUGUCCGAUUGGUUGGAUCCCAUGACCGCUGUGCUGGACGGGUGGAGCUACUGCAGUCUGGGCAAUGGGGAACAGUGUGUGAUGAUGAUUUUGACAUGAGAAGUGGAAACAUAGUAUGCGCCCAGCUGGGCUGUGGCCGUGCAAGAAAACAGACCUUUCUUGGGGCUGGAAGGGGACCCAUCCAUAUCAGCAAAAUGAAAUGCAAUGGCUCAGAGAGCAACUUAUGGGAGUGCAAUCGCAACAACUCCAUGCCCAGCAACUACUGCGGACAUAAAGAAGAUGCUGGACUUGUGUGCUCAGAAAGUACUGAGAUCUCACCCACAACAGUCAACACAACUGACUUGGGGUUUAUAACACAUACUGCAGAGUCAACCGCAGUGACGUCUACGAAACCCGGCAGUGGACUUUCAGCAGCAACGAUUGGCUGCUUCAUCUUAUCUAUAGCACUACUGCUGUUUAUUUUAUCAAAUGCUGCUGUCUGUGUGCAUUUCAAAAGAGGACUGGCAUGUGUGAUUUGUCAAUGUCACAGUAAUUCCCACACAAGCACAGAGAACCAGUCCAAUGCACAGAUAGGAACCUACCAGCAAUUUCUCCCAGCUGCGGGGACAGUACGUCAGUAUGAAUGUCUUGGUCCAAGACUGAGCUCAAACUAUGGAUAUAAAUUUGCCAGGAGAACAAAUCAAACCUCUCACAACUCUGACAGCUCUGAUGAUUCAAUCUACGAAUAUCACAACAGCGAUCGAGUACAAAGACUUCAUCAAAACUACUCGCACACAGUAGAUGUGAAUGAUUCAAGCAGUACAUCCUCCGGAGAGAGCUAUGAAAACACAAAGACCGACAUGAACAACAUUCCCAAGUCACGCAAGGAAACUCCAUCACUUCUUGAAAAGUCACCAUUGACGCCACCUGGUGACAAUCACAUACCAGGAACAAAUUGUCACGUAGAUGCGAAUGAUUCAGACAGUACAUCUUCUGGAGAGUGGUAUGAAAACAAAAAGACUGAUGUGGAAAACAAUCUCCAGUCUGAUAACGAGGAAAGCCCAUCACUUCCUGAGAAGUCUCUACAGACACCGGACAGUGAUCAGAUGACAGGAAACACUGCUUACAGCAAGCCUCACAUACCCAUCAGUCAAGUAUAUGCGAACGAUUCAGAAAGUACAUCUUCUGGAGAGUGCUAUCAAAACACUGACAUAGAUGCAAAGACCUUUCUUCAGUCUGGUAAGGAAAGCCCAUCAUUUCCUGAGCAGACACCCCUGAAUCACCACAGUACACAGAUGACAGGAAGUACUGUCGAUUACAAAGACCACCAUGUACCUAGAAACCUCAAGCCAAGAAACAGAUAACAAUAGCACAACAUAGGAGACAACAUCUCAUCAGACAGUGACUACAACCAGGCUGAAAACUGGUGAAAUCAACAUGGCUACUGCAAGAGACUAUCAACAAGUAAAAUACAGAGAAACUCCAUACAACAUCCCAAAAAGAAAUGCAUGCUUAUUAUUCCUUAUUCAAAAUCUGGAUGUUGUGCAUUUAUUCUUUUGGACUGAGGUUUCACAACAAUGCUAUCCUCAACAUUUGAACACAGAUGUGGAAUGUAACACAAAUGGGCACUUGCAACACCCGAGUGCUUCUAAGGACUAUUCAGCAAGAACAGUGGUAAUUAACAUAUGAAUUAACAACUGCAAAUAAAGAUUAAUUAAUUUA